AUGAGCCCUGAUCAAGAAGCCCAUUUGGGAGAAGAGCGCUCGCUUAGAAGCCCUAGCUUCUCACUUGAGCCCGCACUCGGUUUCCAGAGUCAUAGCAGCCCACAGCGGAGAUAUCCCACUCUGCCUCACUUUUCUCACGUGACAGCCACCAACAUUGGCCUAGUGAAGAGCCUCGGAGCGGAGGGAGCCGCUCUCACGAGCCCCUCGGGCAAGAAGUACGACGCGGUGGUUCACUGCGCACCGCCCAUCCCUUGGUCCGUCUUCGAGCCGAACCUGAGCUCGAACGGGAAGGUGAUCGACGUCAGCUCAAUGCUCACUUUUGCUGUGAAGAAACUCACAUUCUCUAAGAAGCAGCUGGUGCCAAUAGUACUCCUCAUCCCCAAGGGCGAGAGCCUGCAGUAUCUUGUUGAUUUAGUGAGACAAGGGAAGCUCCAGACGGUCAUCGACUCGAGAACCCCUCUGAGCAAGGCCGGAGACGCUUGGACGAAGAGCAUCGACGGCCACGCCACCGGGAAAAUCGUCAUCGAGCCGUAGAAGAAACUCGGGUAAGUUAUAUAUAUUGUCAUGUUAUUAAUAUGAAAGGUUGAGAAUGUGUUCUUGUUUCAUAUAGUAUGAUACUAUACAGUACUUCCUCCGUCCAUGAAAGA